GUUUUCAGACGACACUUUCAGUGCUACUUUCAAAAUUGACUUAAGAAUAAUUCUGCACGAGUGAUUUCACUUUUCUCAAUCCUGGGCUCCUGCGAUCUUUGCUUGAGUCCGGAACGCUAUUGAUGCUGUGUACCAUAAGCUUCAUACUGGCACCAUAGCGCGCAUAGCGCUCGUAAUUUACCAUUAUACGCUAGAAGAUGCAGGGAAAAGAUGCUCCGACUAGCAGACUCAUGGAUUAAUCAGCUAUGUACGCCCUAUGAGAGACAAGGUAGAGGCUAACCCAAAGCGGCACGCCUUUCCGCGACAUCGAAUUUCACUAUAUUCCAACUCCAGCCUCCAUCGUUCUUUCUCCAACUCAAACCCCCACAAUGCACUUCUCCCGCAAACUCGACGUUAUCGGCGUUCACGCCGAAGGCGAAGUAGGCGACGUCAUCGUGGGCGGCGUCCUCGAUGUCCCUGGCGCGACCAUGUACGACAAGAUGAUCUACAUGUGGGACAAGAACGACAGCAUCAGGAAUCUGCUGCUCAACGAACCGCGGGGGAGAGUAUCGAUGUGCACAAACCUCAUUCUGCCGCCGUGCAAUCCGAAAGCGGAUGCGGGACUGCUUAUCAUGGAGUCUGAGGAAUAUGUCCCGAUGUCUGGCUCGAAUAUAAUUUGCACUGUGACGGUGUUGCUAGAAACAGGCAUGGUUAAGAUGGUGGAGCCGGUUACGGAAUUGGCGUUGGAUACGGCUGCCGGGCUUGUCACAGUGAAGGCUGAGUGCUCAAAUGGGAAAUGCAAGAGUGUGGAAUUCCAGAACAGGCCCUCGUUUGUCCUAGGUCUUGGCAUUCCCAUCAACGUCCCAGACCUAGGUACAGUCACAGUCGACGUAGCAUACGGCGGCAUGAUAUUUGCUUUUGUUGACGUGGCGUCCGUCGGGCAUACUCUUGAGGAUCACUACGAGAAUGGCGCGGAGCUCGUUACGCUGGGUGAAAAGAUCAAGGUCGCUGUGCGCGAACAAUUUACGGCAAUACAUCCAGAGAAUCCGGCCAUAAGGGGUGUUACGAAUGUUGUAUUCAUCACCCCUCUGGUAGAGGAAGAGAGGGGGAAGGUUACGAAGAAUGCUACCGUUGUCAUGCCAGGCCGGUUCGACAGGAGCCCAUGCGGAACUGGGACGUGUGCGCGUAUGGCGGUACUGCAUGCUCGAGGGUUGCUGGAAGUGGGCGAGAACUGGGUAAACAAAAGUCCAAUCGAUACCGAGUUCAUCGGGCGGGUUGUAGGGACGGCGAAAGUGGGAGAGUAUGAGGCUAUCGUGCCGAUUGUCAAGGGUCGUGGGUGGAUUACGAGCUUCAAGCAGGUUGUGCUUGAUCCGGAGGAUCCGUUUCCGGAGGGCUUUAGGGUGGGUGAUGCGUGGUUGCCGGCGAACCCUAGUGUGAAGGAGGGAGUUUUAAAGGCCUACAAAGGGUCUAGAUAAGAAGUUCUUACUACACAAAACUUGCUAUGGAUUAGUAGCUAAGUAUUAAUCCAAUAUGCUCAAAGGUUUCUAUUUACG